UAUGGAUGUGGCUAAAAAUUAUUGUUUGGAUUUAAUAAAAGAAAACUUAACGGCCACAAAUGUAGCUGAAUUAGCCGAUUGUUUAGUAAAGGCAUACGAAAAAAUAUCGACUAAGAAUGUUACUAUACUAGACUUGUUUGAAGACGAUGACGAAGAUUAUGCUCCAGUAAAUGGAACAAAUUUCUCUAAAUGUUUCGAAGUAAAAGACACACAGAAGAAAACAAUUGUAUUCUCAGCACCUCUUGCGAUUGUGUUUCUACUAAUAAUGUCCGCUUGGGAUAGAAGAAGGCGUUGUAAAUUGAAUUGUUGUUGCGCUUGGCCUGGAUGUUUAUUUCCAGUUAAUCUAUUAGACGAUACUAAAAGACGGUUAUAUUACGUUUGCGCGUUUGUUUCGAUGAGUUAUCUGCUCCUUGAUCUUUUCUUUGGCGAAAAUUUUUGGGAAAUAGGUGUCGAAGUUCGUAAAGAUCCUAAAAUGAAAUGGAUAAAUACUUUUGUUAAGAUGCUGAACGUAUGCCUACUUUGUUUGGCCUUUUAUCCAAUGUUUGUAUGUGUACGGCUACAUAAGGUUAUUUUUGCCAAUUUAGUUGGAAUUGGGAACAUGUUCUUUUGGUUGGUUAUUAGAACAAGGGAGUUGUACUUUUGUACACCCCGAGGAUCUGGAUACUAUAACAUAGUUCACUUAACAAGUUUAGCCGGAUUUAUACCUCUACUGCUAGUAAUGUUGUGGCAAAUUCAACUUCCUUUCUAUCAGAACGUUGGGAAUUGCGAUUUUUGUGUACCUUUGAUAGAAACUAAUGCUUAUAAAUACGUUAGAGAUUUACUUAAACCCGAAGAAGUCCAGGAACCGGUUAAAAACAUUAUUUACAAGAUAAAAACAAAAUUUAAAUUAGAGAAUUUAGAUGGAUUCAAGUUUUCAACGAGAUUGUGCUCUACUCUCGCUGUUGGCGUUGUUGGAAUGUUUGGUAUCGCAAUUUUCUUUCAUAGAACUAUUGAUCCGAGAUUUAGAUUUUUACACGAUGUACUAGAAGCGGUAAUUGACCAAGUUACCGAAAAAGAUGAAAUCAAUUUGGAUGAUUUAACAGAGCUUAUCUUGUAUGUGGUUCACGGUGAAAAGUAUAGAAAAUUACCAAAAUCCAUCUUAACCGAAAUAUUGGCUAUUGUCAACACUUUUAGAGGCUGCUUCCUAACUGGUAUUUAUCUAUCAUUGAUGCUUCAUAUUUUGUUUUGUAUUCAUAUGGCUAUAGCCUACAAGAUUCACAUUGCUAAACUUUAUAAGGGAAGAAAAAAUUUUAUGGGAAAAUCUCUCCCAUCUCCGGAUUCGACAGUUGUAUCGGCAUUUAAAUAUGCGGGCUAUCAAAUAGCUUAUCUCUUCUGGGGCUUCACAUUGGUUAUGAUACUUAUUACAGUCGUCUUAUCUAUUGUCAUUCUGCUAUUUAUCAGACCUCUAUUAAAGGGUCAUGUCAACUGGCUGAUAAAAAUUUUACUCUCUUUAUGGCCAAGCGUCUUGGUCAGCAUCAUUUUAAAUAUUCUGCAAUUAGUACUGGCCAGAUUAGCAUUUCUGCAAGAAAAAGGAAGAUUUUUCUGUUACAUGCUUAUAGAUAAGUUAAAUAGCAGAGAUGACAGAACCGUAAACGGUAGCAUUGGUGAUCAUCCUGAAAAUGCAGCACCUUUAGCCGUCGAUGAAGAAGUUCAAUUGAAGAGAAACCAAAUAAAAUUUAGAUGGUGGAAAUGUUAUACUUUAUUGAACAAUCCUGAGUUAGUGUUUGAUAUCAAAAGGAAAAUACACGAAGAGAUCAGACGUAAAAAGAGGGAAGAAUUACUCGAAAAAAUGAAAGCUGAGAAGGAACUAGAUAAAGCUAAAAAGAAAGAUAUAGAGAGCGAGAAAAAUUCAAGAAAUGACGAGAAGGAACCUAAAAAGGACACUCAAAUUGUUGUAAGUACCACUGUUCUAGUAUCAAGUAUUGCAUGA